UAGUUCCUUCAGAAAAGUUUGAUGGUUGAAAAGGCACAUGGAGAGUGUUCAACAUGGAGAAAUUGAAAACCAAAAUUGGGUAUCCCCUCACAUAAGUCAAAAUGGCUAUAAGCAAAAAGUCUACAAAUAAUAGAUGGUAGAGAAGUUAUGGAGAAAAGGGAAGCCUACAUUGGUGGUGGUGAUGUUAAUUGCUUCAUCCUCUAUGGAGAACAGUAUGGAGGUUCUUAAACUAAAAACUGCUGCUUUAUGGAUCCAGCAGUCCCACUCCUGGACAUAACAUCUGGGGGAGGAAGAACUAAUUGAAAAAGGUACAAGCCCUGUAGUGUUCAAAGCAGCACUGUUUACAAUAGCAAGGACAUGAUUUAAGGUGUGUGUGUAUGCAGACAGAAUGGAAUAUUACUCAGCAUUAAAAAUUGAGAUUGCCAUGUGCAGCAACAUGAAUAGAGAGCUAUGGUGAAGUCAGAUAGGAUACCACUGAUAUAUGUGAAAACUAAAAGGUAAUACAAAUGAAUCAACAUAACACUCAGAAAUUUUAAUUACAGAUUAUUCCAGAGAGGAAGUUGGGGGAUGGUGGCAGAGAGAUACGUUAGGGAGUAUGGGAUUAAUAUACAAACUAUGCAUAAAAUAUGUAUGCAAUAAGGGUUUACUGUAUAAUGCAGGGAACUAUAUUCACUAUCUUACAACCUAUGAAAAAAUACAUAAAUCGCUGGUGUAUACCCGAAGCUGACACAAUAUUGAAAAUCAACUAAAAAAAGUUUGGCUAUUGGCCCACCUGAGGGAAGCAGGUGUAUUAACUUCUUGGGAUUCAUAUAAAAUUUUGCUGUAUUUCUUGGGAUUCAUAACUUAAAAUUUUAUUUUGGUGUAAGGAUAUUUUUUCUGUAAGGAAAUCCAUGGGUGGAGUAAUUGAACUGCUGUUACCAUCAGUAGCUUAGAUAAAUUUGCAUUUCAAGUAAGUGUGAUGGUUACCCAGUGUUAGUAUGGAAGCUUCAUGUUUGCUGCCUAGAUUCUUUCUAGCUUUUCUAGAAAGAUGUGUUUGAACUUUAACCCACGGUUUCCAUUCUUAAGGUCUCCUCUUUGUCACAAUGACUUUCAUUAACACCAUCACCCCUCUUUCAAGCAGGAAGACGUAAGGGGAAGGGCAAGAACAUUUCAACCACCAAACCCGUUUGAAGAGUGUUCCAGUGACACCAAGUAGUGACUCCUUUGUGAGUCAUCAGUUGGUGCUGCAAUACGCUACUCUGGUUGCAAGGAAGGCUGGAAAGGGACUUAAUAGGCCAGUUUUCAGACUGAGCAGGUACAGCAGAGGGAAUUAGGAAAAAAACUUGACAGACUAAUGGGUUCUGUUCCACCUCUGACUUACAGGUUUGAAGAGAAGUUUCAGUAGAAAUGGAAAGGUUCAGUCAGAAGGGACUUUCAGGUGAGAGCUGGUUAGGAACCAGCAAGGACCCUACAAUAUCUAUACCCGUACCACUGGGCCUGGUACAAAACUAGAAUAAAAAGUUUUUUGUUUUUUUCUCCCUUAAACUUAUUUAAAGUAGCUUUACGUUCACAGCAAAAUUGAGCAGGAAGUAGAGUUCACAUAAUGCCCUAUGUCCCCUUCCUGCCACCACAGACUUGCCCACUAUUGACAUCCUGACUCCAGCAGUACAUUUAAUAACGCAUGUUUUUGUGUUGGCUUUGAAGUUGUUCUACCAUUAUAAUUAGGUUAAAAGGCUUAGGUUAGUGCACCAUGGUAAGUACAUAACUCGGCAAUGUCCACGGGACAAAUUUGGCUUUGAGUGCCAAAAUUGCCUGUGGGAAAUUUAAUGCCGGAAGCAGGUACUUAAAAUGACUUUGUAAUUUUGCAUAAACUUGUCCAAAGCUAAACCUGGAGGACUGAUAAUGAGUUGCAUAAUGGCAACAGCAGAAGAAAAUGGGUAAUGAACUUUCCACCCAAAGAGGUUUACCAGCAGGUAAGGAGGGAAUGGUGAUAGGAUGAGAUAGAUGGAUAGCAUCACUGACUCAAUGAAUAUGUGUUUGAACAGACUCCAGGAUAUGGUGAACCAAGGAAAGCCUGGUGUGCUGCAGUCCACGGGUUCGCAAAGAGUCGGACAUGACUUAGCAACUAGACAAUAAGGAGGGAAUGGGGCUGCAGUCAGACUUCGGCGAGUGCUGGAGAAAUGGUCUCUGUGAUGGAUAUGGUGGAUAUUUCUGCCUAUGCAACAAGUCUUCUCUAAGAAGAGCACUCACCAGACUAAGAACAUGGUCCCAGGGCUCCUGACUACUAGGGAUGAGGCAUUAAUGGCCUUCAGGGAUGUGGCUGUGGCCUUCACCCAGAAGGAGUGGAAGCUACUGAGUCCUGCUCAGAGGACCCUGUAUCGGGAUGUGAUGCUGGAGAACUACAGCCAUAUGGUGUCGCUGGGUAUUGCCUUUCCUAAACCAAAACUCAUCAUACAACUGGAACAAGGAGACGAGCCCUGGAGAGAGGAGAGUGAAUGUCUUCUGGACCUUUGUGCAGCAGAACAAAGAACAGAAUUCCAGCCCUGUCUGUCCUGCCCGGUGACUUUUUCCAGUCCACAGAUCCUCCAUCGAUAUGUGCUCUGUGGUCACUCCCUUCAGAUCUUCCCGGGUUCAUCUGCAGAAAGCCACUUCCUACUAGAGGCUCCAAGCUGCUUGAAAGACAAAGUAGAAGAUGGAGAGAGAGAAGGCUCUGGCACUGUGUUUGGGAGGCUGCGGCUGAGUGGGACUUCAAGGGCAUUUUUCAGCUCAUCUCAAGGUCAGCCAGUAGACCAGGGAGGCAAUAGCAGUGGAAGAACAGACCAGGGGAUGAUCUCUGAUGAGGCAGAUGCAGUAUUGACAGAGACAAACAUCUCAGAAUCUGAAGCAGUCAUAUGUGAAAACUAUAGACUAGGAUUUAACACAAAAUCAAGCCUCUUUAGCCUCCAGAAGCAUCAUGUGUGCCCUGAAUGUGGCAGAAACUUCUGCCAGAAGUCAGACCUCGUCAAACACCAGAGGACUCACACGGGAGAGAAGCCGUAUAGUUGCAGAGAGUGUGGGCGAGGCUUUGGCCGGAAGUCCUCCCUCACCAUACACCAGAGGAAGCACUCAGGGGAAAAGCCCUACGUGUGCAGGGAGUGUGGGCAACACUUCAGGUAUACAUCCUCCUUAACUAACCAUAAGAGGAUACACUCUGGGGAGAGACCCUUUGUAUGUCAGCAGUGUGGGAGAGGCUUCCGCCAGAAGAUCGCCCUCAUCCUGCACCAGAGGACACACUUGGAAGAGAAGCCCUUUGUGUGUCCAGAGUGUGGAAGAGGCUUUUGCCAGAAGGCAUCACUCCUUCAACACCGUAGCUCGCAUUCAGGUGAGAGGCCCUUCUUGUGCCUGGAGUGUGGGCGUGGCUUCAGGCAGCAGUCACUGCUCCUCAGUCACCAGGUCACACACUCAGGCGAGAAGCCUUAUGUCUGUGCUGAGUGUGGGCACAGCUUUCGCCAGAAAGUCACCCUCAUCAGACACCAGAGGACACACACAGGGGAGAAGCCUUACCUCUGCUCCGAGUGUGGGCGUGGCUUUAGCCAGAAAGUCUCCCUUAUGGGCCACCAGAGGACGCACACAGGUGAGAAGCCUUAUGUGUGCUCCGAGUGUGGGCGUGGCUUUGGUCAGAAGGUUACCCUCAUCAGACACCAGAGGACGCACACAGGGGAGAAGCCUUUUCUGUGUCCGGUGUGUGGACGUACCUUUGGCUUCAAGUCACUUCUCACCAGACACCAGAGGAUACAUUCAGGGGAGGAAGCUGAUGUGUAUGGAAUAUGUGAGCAAAGACUUGGUCUGAAGAUCCAACUCACCUCUGACCAGAGGACACACUCAGGAGAAAAGCCAUGUGUGUGUGAUGAGUGUGGACGUGGCUUUGGCUUCAAGUCAGCCCUCAUCAGACACCAGCGGACACAUUCAGGAGAGAAGCCGUAUGUGUGUAGGGAGUGUGGUCAUGGCUUUAGCCAGAAGUCUCACCUCCACAGGCAUAGUAAAACCAAGUCUGGCCAUCACCUCCUGCCACAGGAGCUGUUCUCUUGACAUUUCCUUUCCUUCCCCGUGAGUGUCUAGGAGGCAGAAAUCACUAGGAAAUAUUCCACUUCCCUUAAAAUGCAGUUGAGAAAAAAAAAUGCAGUUGCAUUUUUUCAGUGAUCAUAAGAUAGUUGAUUUAUGGUUUACUUCCUGCACUGGCAAUGUGUUUUAAUUUGCCAGGGCUGCCAUAACAAAAUACCACAGACUUGGUAGCUCAAAGAACAGAAGUUUAUUUUCUCAUAGUCCUGGAGACUAGAAGUCUGAGAUCAAUGUGUAGGCAGUUUGGUUGUUAUUGAAGUUUUUCCCCUUGGCUUGCAGAUGAUUGCAUUCUUGCUGAGUCCUGAAAUGGUCAUUUUUUCCCCUGUGUGUGCACUUUCCUGGUAACUCUCUCUCUUCUUUCUGAGGACACCAGCCAUACUGGGUUAGGGCUUCACUGUAUGACCUUGUAAAGGCCCUGUCAUCAAAUAAAGUCAUGACUUUAUGUGUUAUGUUAUGACUUCAAUACGUUAAUUUGGGGGAACAAUUCAGUCUUAACAGCUCAGUCCUCAGGACCCCCUGUAUUCACAUUCUUCAAGUACAAAAUACAUUCACCCCAAAGUAACAGCAGCAAAAGUCUUAGCCCAUUUCAAGUUCAUCUCUACAUUAAAAAUCUCACCCAAGUUUCAUCUAAGUUGAGUGUGGAUGAGACUAGAAGUACAUUUCAUCCUUUCCAGCUGUGAACCUGUGAGCCAGACAAGUUAUUUGCUUCCAAAAUACAAUGAUGGGACAGGCAGAGAGUUCACAUUCCCAUUCUAAAAGUGGAAAGGAUUGAUUGGUCCCAAGCAAGUUUAAAAUGUUACAAGGCAAAUUUUAUUAGUUUCUAAGGCAUGAGAAUGGUCUCUGGUUGUAUCAUAGUUCUGGAGACUAGAAGCCCUCUGGUCUGGCGGGUGUGGCAGAGGUGUAUGUGGCCCCCUGAAACCAUGGAAGAACCAUGCUGGCUCCCCAGACUUUUGCUCUCUGGGCCUGUUUUGGAAGUGGCAGAUCUGCUCGUCUCUGUUUCACCUUUGGGGUCAUUCUUUCCUCUUCUUGAUGGAUGAUGUAGUUGGAUAGUUAGCUCUAUUCUCCCGUCUUGUAGAAUCCCAGAAGUCUAACAGCCUGCCUUCAUUUUGUCCCAUCUAUGUCACCUUUAGUUCUACAUCUGAGAAGGUUGAUUGCUUCCAAACUUAACUCUUUAUUAAACCAUGUCUCACUACACCAUAGUAUUAUUUCCAGAACAUGCUUCUCAUUUUCUGCAACAUAGAUAUCCAUAGGCUGAGAAUUUUCCAAAUCUCCAAAUUCUAGUUCUCAGAAUUUUGUUUAAUAGUUGCUUCAAUUUAUCUUUCUACUCUCACAUUUUACUGUAAGGAGGGAGAAACCAGGUUGCACGUGUAACACUUUGCUUAGAAGUCUCCUUAGCUAAAAAUUUGUUGCUUAUGCCACAAUUUCUACUUUCCACAAAACACUGGAACACAGGCCAGGUUCUUUGCUGCUUUAUAACAAGGAUUGUCUUUCCUCCAAUUUCCAGCAAUAUGUUCCUUAUUUCUGAGACUGCACCAGAAUCACUUUUAAUGUCCAUAUUCCUACCAACAGUCUCUUUUAGACAAAAGACUUUUUAUAACAAGUGCCUCAAACCUCUUCCAGCCUCCUCCCAUCACCCAGUUCCAAAGCUAUUCCAUAUUUUCAGAUAUUACCCUCAGUACCAAAAUUGUAUUUGUUUGCUAAGACUGGCAUUACAAUACCAAAGGCUGGAAUGACUAAGUAAUGGAAAUUUAUUUUCUCAGUUAUGGGGGCUGCAAGUCCAUUAAGGUGUUGACAGGGUUGUUUUCUAUUUAAGUCUCUCUCCUUGGCUUGCAGAUGGCUGCCUUCUUGCUGUGUCAUCAUGCAGGCUUUCUUCUGCACAUGUGCUGGAGAGAGAAAGUGAGCUCUGGUAUCUCUUACUCUUAUAAGAACACCAGCCCAAUUGGAUAAAUACCUCAUCCUUUGCCAUUGUUUAAUCUUAAUUACCUCCUGAUAAGCCCUAUGUCCAAAUACUGGAGAGUUAGGGGUUCCCAGCCUGAGAUGCUUGCACUGGCACUUCCCAUCCUGAGACGCUUUAUGCACACUGACCAUGGCCAGUGAGGGCUGGGUAUUGAGGCUUAGGCUUCAGCAGUCAGACUUCAGGGAGAAGGCUGGGGUUGACUACCUUGAAGACAGUCUGAGGGGGCUAGUACAGGACAUUUGAGGAAGUCUAGGAAAAAGCUUGGCCUGCGAGAGAGGCAAGAGAUCAUUGUUGUUUAGUUCAGUCACUCCGUCGUGUCUGACUCAUUGUGACCCCCAUGGACUGCAGCACACCAGGCUUCCCUGUCUAUCACCAACU